AGCUGUAAGCGUCAAAGGUGGCUUGGUAAUGAACCUAAUGUAGUUGCAUGCCUGGGACAUUGCCAUAGACAUGUCAGAAGAAAGCCCGCCCGUGCGGGGGAAUUCCGCGCAGAGGCUCUUCCGUGCCACGUCGCUGACGCUCACGGCCGGGGCGCUGGUGUUGCCCCCGCAGCCCCCAGAGCCGGAGGAGACGCCCUUGCUGGGCCGCCGACGAGACAGUGACCAGGUUCAGCAGCGUCUGGUGUCCGAGUUGCUCAGCUUCGUCGGCCUUUGCAAGGUUUGGCUGGUCCUUCUGCUACUGCUGAUGUUCGUGACGGGUGUGAUUGUGAUGGUGAUGUUCUUUCAAGCCAUCUUUGCGACGAUCUUCUACCAGGACAAGCCCUGCGACCAGCCGCUGCUGAAGUGGUACAUGUUGUUCACCCUGCUCUGGAGCCAGGUUCCGCCCUGCGCCUCCUCCUUCGUGCGGGCGAGGCUGCAGAUGCUCCAGCAGAGCGCGCUGGUCUCCUUUUGCGCGAGCGUCCUCUUCAGCUUGCCAGGUUGGGUGAUCUUGGGCUAUGGUGUGUACAUGGUGCAACACGCAGAAACCUGCCCCAAGACGAACCCGCAGUUGUUUUAUCCCAUCGAGAGGUUCAUCUACGCGCAGAUCGGCGUGGCGCUGAUCGCCUUCCUGCUCACAGUCCUGGGCUUCUUCAGCUUGCGUUACCUGCUGUUGGCGCUGAAUCGCCUGGGCGAGAACCCGGGCUGCGCCAAAGCCGUCCCGAUCGCUUACACUGGACGGCCGAGUGUCUUUUUUCUGCACGCGGUUUCGGAGGUGGAGAAGUUGGAAGUUGUGGACAAGCACUCCCCCGACCUGGCAGACACUGAUGGCCAGAUCAUGGACUGCCCCAUUUGCAUGGAGGCGUAUUCUGAAGCCGGGGACGUGGUGCGGGCACCCUGCAAGCACAACUUCCACAAGGCGUGCCUGCUCACCUGGUGCAAGAACCACGUGGACUGCCCCAUGUGCCGCCAGCCAGUGGGGGAGCCUGACAAGGAGUCGCAAGGACCAGAGCCGUGAGCCGUGAGCCUGGAGCGGAUUUCGGAGGGAAACGGGGGGCUGAUGGCCUGAAGACAGGGUCCUCUUUUGGUGUAGCAAAGUGGGGGCUGGAAGGAAUGGUUGAAACUAACCAUUCCCAGCGCUCCGUGUCAGCGAGUUUCGGGGGCACUUUUAAGUGGAUGGGCUUGUAAUGGGAAGUCGUCCGCGCGAGUCUGCGCAAGAUGUUUCAUGUGGUGACCCACUUUCAGUGGGCACUGCGUCAGUGCGUCGGCGGCAAGCUGAA